AUGGCUGGAGAUUCUAGGAAUUCCAUGAACCAAGACAUGGAGAUUGGAACCACCCCCAGAGACCCCAGAAAGAUUCCCAAACAGGCCCGUGAUUAUGUCCCCAUCACUACAGAUCGGACCCGUCUUCUGACAGAAGCUAAGAAGCCUCGCCAGAGAUACAUGGAGAAAAGUGGCAAGUGUAACGUGCAUCAUGGCAACGUCCAGGAAACCUACCGUUACCUGAGUGACCUCUUCACAACACUGGUAGAUUUGAAGUGGCGCUUCAACCUACUUGUCUUCACCAUGGUCUACACCAUUACUUGGUUGUUCUUUGGAUUUAUUUGGUGGCUCAUUGCAUACAUUCGGGGAGACCUGGACCAUGUUGGGGACAAAAACUGGGUUCCUUGUGUUGAGAAUCUCAGUGGCUUUGUCUCUGCCUUCCUGUUCUCCAUUGAAACAGAGACCACCAUUGGGUAUGGCUUCCGGGUCAUCACAGAGAAGUGUCCAGAGGGGAUCAUCCUCCUAUUGGUUCAAGCCAUCUUAGGUUCCAUAGUCAAUGCCUUCAUGGUGGGCUGCAUGUUUGUCAAGAUCAGUCAGCCCAAGAAGAGGGCAGAGACUCUCAUGUUUUCUAACAAUGCUGUCAUUUCUAUGCGGGAUGAUAAGCUUUGCCUCAUGUUCCGAGUGGGCGACCUCCGCAAUUCUCACAUCGUAGAGGCCUCCAUACGGGCCAAGCUCAUCAAGUCCAGGCAGACCAAAGAAGGGGAGUUCAUUCCCCUGAAUCAGACAGACAUUAAUGUGGGUUUUGACACUGGGGAUGACCGCCUCUUCCUGGUGUCACCACUCAUCAUCUCCCAUGAAAUCAACGAGAAGAGCCCUUUCUGGGAGAUGUCCAGGGCACAGCUGAAUCAGGAGGAGUUUGAGGUGGUAGUCAUCUUAGAAGGCAUGGUAGAAGCUACAGGCAUGACUUGCCAAGCCCGCAGCUCUUAUAUGGACACUGAGGUUCUCUGGGGUCACCGCUUCACGCCAGUCCUCACCCUAGAGAAGGGCUUCUACGAGGUAGACUACAAUACCUUCCAUGACACCUACGAGACCAACACACCCACCUGCUGUGCCAAGGAGCUGGCGGAGGCCCAGCGAGAAGGGCGGCUCCUUCAGUACCUCUCUAGCCCCACCCUGCUAGGGGGCUGUGCCAAGGAGGGAUUGGGCCAAAAGGCAGAGGAAGGAGAGGAAGAAACAGAGGGGCUGGGUAGAGCCAGAGAGACUAGUAGCUCUGUGUGAGUCCCGUGCCCCAAAGGGAUGGGACAUAGCCUCCUGCUAGAGACCCUAAAUUGACCCAAUGAGGCAAACUAACUGAGAUGGGUUAUUUAGGUGGCCCUGGAAGCGACAGAGGCUUGGAGAAGAUAGGUAUUUUAGCAAACCCUCCCCUUUCCCAACAUUAUGCCAUCCUGUGCACCAUGACUUGGCCCUGCCUGUAGAGACAUUGCUGGGCUGCCUGCUCCUUAUACUUGUAAGGGUCAUAGCUCUGCCCCUCCCAUCUUGUCCCAACUGAAUGACAUCUAGGGGUCCAAGGUGAAAGUUGGGCCUUCUGCCUUAUAGUUGUGAUGUCUUUGUUUUCUGCUGCUUAGUCCCUCAUUUCUCUUUCUGCUAACCCUGGUACUUUCCCUGAGUUGGAU